AGCAGUACUAUGAGUAUAGCCAUACACCAAGUGUUAUACAGGCAUUCAGAUUGCAGUCAUUCAUUGAGUCAGUGAUUGAGUGAGCGUUCAGUUCAACACAUAUUUAGCAUUCAAUUCAAAGUACACGACAAUUAUCCACACAAUCAGUCACUGUGAGCACUAUUUAUAGCCCAUUGUCUCCGCACCACAACCUCCUCAGCCAGUCGUACGCCAUAGCCAUCGACAGCCACUAGUCUUGGUGUCGAUCACCAGAAAAAGUAUUGAUUUUCUUAUCGCUCGUUGCGAUCAAUACUCGCCACUCGAUUGUCUUAUCGACGGUCACCACCGCCAUCGCCAACACUUACACCACCAUCUGGUUAACGCCAUUUUGAUUGAACCCUUGGAUCGGAUCAGAGAGUGAUGGCGUGCGCGACACUGAAGCGACCGCUCGAGUGGACGGACCCAUCGAUGUCUCCGCCGUCGACGGCCCACAACACGGGCGCCAAAGACUCGGCCCAUAGUUACCAUCAGAGGGCCGCCAAACGCCGCUGUCUGUCGACGAUAAUGAGUCCGCAGAUGACGGACAAGAGCUCACACUUCGGUGACGUUCAGCCAAAACUGUCUUCAGUGAAGAGUGUGGAGCAGCAGCUGGUCGUGAAGGUGACUCCCGAGCAUAAGUCCUGUUGUGGGCGGCAGCGGAUUGUGAUCAAGAGUUCUCAAUCACAGAACAGAAUAUCAGUGAUUAUCUCCUAUUUUGAGACCACUGGCUUCUCGUCGCCGCCACACGAGAGUCAAGCGCUGAGCUCGACGUCGAUCGGCCUGUUGUCGCCCACCCGACGGGACGCACCCCUCUUCACGUUCAGACAAGUGGGUCUCAUAUGCGAGCGGGUGCUGAAGGAACGGGAGACUCAGAUUAGGCAGGAGUACGAUGACGUCCUCAAUACCAAAUUAGCCGAACAAUACGAGACUUUUGUCAAAUUCACUUACGAUCAGAUCCAGAAGCGAUUCGAAGCCAAUUCGAUUCCUAGUUAUCUAUCAUAGGGUAAAAUGCAAUUAGUAUUAUGAAUAUUACAAGAAUUUUUAGAUACAACUCUACAAAAUUGCCAAACAAUUAAAGUGUGCUUUUCUUAUGUGUUAUACUCUCUCCUCUACUCUUUCUCACACUCUCUACCUUUCAAUACAUGAUUUGUUUUAUCUCUUAUUAUAAAUUGUAUGCAAUUUAACGCAAAAAUUUCUGAUUUGGU